AUGGUUGUUCAGUAUUCAGUUCCAGUCGGACCUGCUGCUAAUGAGCAUGAGACUGCUCCAAGAAGAAAUGCUUUGGCGAAGAAGGCUCCAAUUACGAGGCCUGCCGGUAUGAAAUGUUCUACUGUUUAUGAAUUUGCCGUCGAAUGUUUUGAAAAGAACGCUGACCUUAAAAGUGUUGGAUGGAGAGAUAUCAUCGACAUUCAUAGGGAGAAGAAGAUGGUCACUAAGAAGAUUGACGGCAAGGACAAAGAAGUUGAGAAGGAGUGGUUUUUCUAUGAAUUGAGUUCGUACAAGUACACUACUUAUAAGGAGUUGAAUGAGUUAGUUCAUGAUUAUGGUCGUGGGUUAGUGAAAUUGGGGUUACAACCGGCUUCUGAGGAUAAAUUGCACAUCUUUGCAUCAACAUCUCAUAGAUGGAUGAAGACAUUUUUGGCUACGCAGUCUCAGGCCAUUCCUGUGGUGACUGCAUAUGAUACUUUGGGUGAAAAGGGUUUAAUCCAUUCCAUGGUUCAAACCGCUUCUAAGGGUAUGUUUGUUGACAAUGCAUUGUUGUGUAGGUUGCAUAACGCUGUACAAGAGGCUACAAACUUGAAAUAUCUAAUCAUUUCUGAAGAGUUGAACCCAGAGGAUAAAAGGGAUGAGGGUAAGCUUUACAAGGACGCUGCAGACGCAUUGGCUAAGAUUAAAGAGGUUAGACCAGACAUUAAGAUUCUUUCCAUGGAUGAAGUCAUCGAAUUGGGUAAGAAGGCUAGAGAUGAAAUUGAACCACAUCCUCCAGCCCCUGAAGAUUUGUCAGCUAUCAUGUACACUUCCGGUUCCACUGGUGAUCCAAAGGGUGUCAUCUUAAAGCAUUCUAAUAUUGUUGCAGGUCUAGGCGGUAUCUCUUCCAUUAUUAGUAACAGACCAGAACACGUUUGUCACACAGAUCGUGUCAUUGCAUUUUUGCCCCUGGCUCAUAUUUUUGAGUUGGCUUUCGAAUUGAUCACUUUUUACUGGGGCGCUACACUUGGUUAUGCGAACGUUAAGACGUUGACCGAUGCAUCUGUUCGCAACUGCCAAGGUGACAUCAAGGAGUUCCAACCAACUAUCAUGGUUGGUGUUGCCGCUGUUUGGGAAAGUGUUAGAAAGGGGAUCUUGGCACAAAUUAACAAGCUUCCUGCGUUAACUCAAAAGGUGUUCUGGACAGGUUACUAUGCCAAAUUAAAAAUGAAGAAGUUCCACAUUCCAGGUGGUGACACUCUAGGUAACAUUUUGUUCAAGAAGGUCAGAGAAGCCACCGGUGGUCAUUUAAGAUUUGUGUUGAACGGUGGUUCCCCAUUGUCUAGAGAAGCACAAGAGUUUAUCACAAACUUGAUUUGUCCAAUGUUGAUUGGUUAUGGUUUGACUGAAACCAUGGCUAACACAACUAUCUUACAACCAGAACAUUUUGAAUACGGAGUCGCUGGUGACAUUGUCGGUAGUAUCACUGUCAAGUUGGUCGACGUUGAAGAAUUGGGCUACUUCGCAAAGAAUUCUCAAGGUGAAGUCUGGAUUAAAGGUGAACCUGUCACUCGAGAAUAUUACAAAAACGAGGAAGAGACUAAGGGUUCUAUCACAGAUGAUGGCUGGUUCAAAACUGGUGACAUUGCGGAAUGGACUCCAAAGGGUCAAUUAAAGAUUAUUGACCGUAAAAAGAACUUGGUGAAGACUCAGAAUGGUGAAUACAUCGCAUUAGAGAAGUUAGAAUCCGUUUACAGAUCUUGUCCAUUUGUUCAAAACAUCUGUGUUUACGCUGAUCAAACAAAGGUUAAACCCGUCGGUAUCAUUGUUCCAAAUGAGGCUGCCAUCACCGAGAAGGCUAUCAAGAUGGAUCUACUGAAAAAGGGCGAAGAUGUUACCCAUUUGUACCACAAUGACACUUUGAAGCACGAAAUCCUCCAAGAAAUGUGGAAGGUUGGCAAGAGCCAAGGCCUGAGCGGUAUUGAAUUGCUCCAAGGUAUUGUUAUCUUCGAAGAAGAAUGGACUCCACAAAACGGAUUUGUCACAUCUGCUCAAAAACUACAAAGAAAGAAGAUCCUUGCUGCUGUUCAAGACGAUGUUGACGAAGUUUACUCUAAGUCAAACUGA